GCACACGUACACAAACACGAUAAACAAAAUGCUCGAAUCUCUGGUUUCCUUUCCUUACUCAUAGACGUUCCCGGAUCCCAGGUGCCCGAUCGGUGAGUCCAUUCUGAGCCAGGCAACACAAUUACAGCGAGAUUCUAGUUGUGAAUCUCUAUUUUCGCCAAUUACAUUUGAUUCGGGUUUUUCAGCACAUUUCUUGGACUGGAACUCCGAGUGGGAAGAGAGUGAGCGCGAACCGAGGUGUGGCCAUUUUGUCUGAGUCGGGAGCUGGGAAGAGUCUGGCCGACAUGAACCCAAUUUGGAGGGUCACCAUGGAGAUGAGUAAGUCGCGCUCAGAGAACCAGAAGCUGAGCAAGAAGCGACGAGAGAUGCUUCGGGAGAAGACCAGGAGGGAGAAGGAGGAGAGGAGAUUGGAGGCAGUUGAGCGAGACAGAGAACGCUUCAUCAUUGGUCAAGAACAGCAUCAGGAGGGGCAGGAAAGAUAUGAAGAGUUGGAAGACCUUCAAGAGUCUGCAGCUGAGAAGUUUCAGAAGGAGCUGUGCUGGUGUAUACAGCAAACCAGGGUGGGACUAGCCAACAUCAAAUCAUCAGCCAAGGAGGCAAAGCCACAAGUGGAAGAGGCUCACAAGCUGCUGCGGAUCCUGACAUCCACCAAGGCUCCCAUGGCCAGGAAGAGGCAGGUCAUGAGGGCAGCAUUCGGCGACUACAGGAGCAAGAUGCAGCAGGAGGAGAGAAAGCAUAAAGCAGAAAUGAGCAAACGAAUGUGUCUGGAGCCAGUCAGUACGAGCAAGCAAGGCAGCAGUACGUUCUACAGGAUGUCCAACUUAGCCAGUGCUUCUCCCCCGUCACAAAUAUUGUCCACCAGCAGUGACCUUCCUGGUGAGGCAGGGCCCUCCCGCCACGAUUCGGGGCCACUUGGUCACGGAUUGGGGUCGGCGGACAAUAAGUGGUUGGAGGGCGGAGAGGUUGACACAUCAAUGCAAGAACUGGAGAAGAGCACCGAGGGCAUGCACAUUGUAAAUCCCUCUGGGAAAGAAACUGAAAAUAAGUCUGUCGAUCACGACAAGGCGAGUCCAAACAGCAUGCCCGGACCACCAGUCGGCAAUGACCAGAUGCGUUUAAAACAACAUGAGGGAGAGUGUGCUGGGUCACCCGCAGAGAAUGCAAAACGGCCCAACCUGCCCCCGAACCUAAAGAGUGAGAGUCAGCCGUUCACCUUCAACUUUGACAUCCGGGAGAAGGAUCUUGACCGGAGCGAAUCUAGGUGGCGGGGCUCCAACAAGAACAUCGACGGCUCCCUGAGCGAGAACAGCACCCCAGAGAAGUUUCCCCUGGGGGGUGGGAGUGGCCGGAAGAAAUCGGGAAGUAGGAGGCGGAACCGUGGAAAGAAGAAACAGCUGUCCAUCUCAAAGGACAAGGAUGCGGUGGUGGCCGUUAAUCAGGCCACCGUCACAGAUAAUCAAACCACUGUCAAAGAUGGACAAACCACCGAUGUCGACAAACGAUCCACUGUUACCGAUAAUCAAAAAAAUCACUUGGAGGCUGACGGGGAGUUCAGAUUUAACUUCCCGGAACCAGUUGAGCAAGUUGUAAUGCUGUGACUUUUUUGUGCACUCAAUUAGCAAGUGAAUAUUGGCCAGUUUGUAGCAGCUUAGCUGAAACCCCACCAUGAUGGCAAGCUUUAACAGGUUGUGACACCAGGUCACCAGUCAUCAUGCCAUGGACCUCUAUCAUGGGGUGGCCAUCUUGCUUUGCUAUCAUUCAAACUGGAAGGGAAAAUAGUUUGUUCCUCUUUAUCAACUGUGAAGUGUAUUACCGUUGUCAGUGGAUCUACAGGGAACAAGGCAAAUAUGGCAGCACCAUUUUAAAGGUCUAUAGCCUUGACCUUGUCUCUUUCGCAACCGUCACAUUUUAAUUUCUUGGCUUACAGACAAGUACAGGCUUGUGUCCUCAGAUUCACCUCCAGUGUAACGGGAUGUGUUGAUAAAAUGAUAGGGGGGGGCAGAUUGUGUUAUUCACAGUAAUCUUCUCUUCAACUACCGGUACUCACUAGUCGUUCAGUACAUCUAUCAAGAGCCUAGUUAAGGCUACUUUGUAGAGAUUCCUAUGCCCUUUUUGAUGAGAUAGAUCUUUUUGCAACAGUAUCAAGAAUUAACAAAGUUGUUUAUUGGUACUUUUUUGAAUUUAUAACCGUAUGUAUAAGAAAAAAACUUCAUAAGCUCUGCGCACAGUUAGUCAGGAGCUGUGAUCUCGUACAAGAGGUGAAGUACAUGUAUUUUCUCCCCUGGAGUUUGACUGUCAAAGACACUUUUUACAUGCAGUAGCCAGUGAUUUAGCAGGAUUAAGGAGACUUUAGGAUCAGAGUUUCUUCUGACAAGCUCUUUCGACUCUGUGAGUAGAGUGCUCAAUUUAUUGUGUUAGGUAAUUUUUUCCAGUAAGAAAUUCCAUGGACAAUAAAACAUGGCAUUAAUUACUACAGUGCACAAUUUUAAAGGCACUGGGUAGUGUGUAGGGUACCUUCAAUCACAAGUACGCGAAUCUGACCUAAAAUGUUCACUUCCAUUUCAUCAUUUCAACAACUCAGAAUUGCGAGAAUUUUUGCAUCAUUUGCAUGCCAGUUCUGCACAAAAUAUGGAAGAGGAUUAUUUUCCAUUUUGGGGGUGGGGUGGGGUUUGUGCU